AUGGACCAAUCUCAAACACCAGUGGACAGGAUCCAGCGCUUCGCGGAGAAGCGCCAAAAAGCAGAGGAUGAAUAUCAACAGCAGCCACUCAGUUCAAAUGCCUUUCAGACCUAUAACCGGAAACUAGAUGAUACUCUGAAGGAACUUCAAGAUCGAGUGAAGCGCCAAGAGGAUGACUUACAAAAGCUCCGAAUGAACAAUUCAAUCGACCUCUCAAAGGCAGGCACGGAUCCUUUGUUUCGAGUGUCCCAAGUACGAAGAGCCAAAAAGGCAUAUGACUCUCUUCUCAAGUCAGGAAACCAACUUCCAAAACCAGGGUCGCCUCUACCUUCUCUGCUUGCCCUUGAGGAAACUUCUCGCUUGGUCAAGGAAAGCAAGAUCUCUGUCUCAAUGACGGGGGAGAGGCUUUCAAUAAAUCGCCAACGCGUAAAAGCCGAGGAAGCAAAUUUGCAUGACGCUCAACUGAUAACGAGCGGACUGAGAGAGCGAAUUGAAAGAUUACGAAAUGAAAGCUCACAGAAGGAAGAAAAAAGCCCUGAGAAGCUUGCUCGAGAGUUGGUCGGGCAGCAGCAGGAAAAGAACGAGGAACUCGAAAAAGCCACGGAGGACCUGAAAGCCUCUUUGCAUAAGUUCAUCGAUGAACACCUUGCCUCGAUGUUAGCUGCAGAAGAUCGCGGUGGACCGACUGUCGGCGACGUGUUACAUGUCUCCGAUGCCACAUUAGAGGCAGGCUAUACGAAUCAUGGGAAACCAAAGAAAGUGAAAUCCGUUAGCUCCGAGAAUAAUGGCAGCAAUCAACAGCGGAUAGACGAGCUUAUCCGCCGGAAAACAGCAAGGGAUGAAAACCAGACCACAAAUCCGAGCAACAAAAGAGAGGCAGCGGCGGCUCAGAUGCACACUCUCUUGGACAGUCUCUUAGAAGCAGGCUCCUCUUAUAUAGACCUUCCGCGAGACUCGGCGGCAUCGAGAUUUUUGGUCAGGGCAAAGGUUGCCAAAUUCCAUCCUCGUGAUGCAAGACGAUUAAGAUUAAUUGAUUUUGGGCGUUCUUUAGAUGAUUAA